AUGGAAAUUGAGGAAUGCAUCAAACGUCUCAAGAACCAUAAAGCCAGUAACGAUAUCCUUCCCGCAUUUCUCAAAUCCAUCUACACCAACCCAGCCCCUAUUGACGCGAUCUACGACCUGAUGACGCAAAUCUGGGCGACCAAGAAAAUACCGGAAUCUAAUUGGGGGAAUUCCAAUCUGGAAGUUUUAUGGAAAGGGAAAGGGUCCAGGAAGGACGCAGCCAUGUACAGGGGUCUAGCCAUUGGGAGCACCAUGUGCGAAAUGGUUAAAGCAAUUAUCCUAAAACGUCUCCAGGUUCUCAGUCUGUUGAGGCAUUUCCACUUUGCCCAGCUUGCGUCUGCACCAGGUGGUAGUUGCUCUCUAGCCAUCAGCCCCAUGGUUGCCGAGGGUGGCAAAUUGUUGUUUCUGUCUGCCCACAUGGUGACUCGUGCCUCGCUUGUUGUGUCAUCCUCAAGAGGAGUUACACAUUUUAGAAAGCUCUUCCUGCUGCUGCUAACAAGGCACUGUUAUGUGAUGGACAGUCUUCCUCUUCAAAGGAUUCCCAACGGUACAUUUAGCGGGCUGAUCAAUCUCCGCGAGCUUAUCCUGCUUAAUAUAUCAGGCACGUUGACUAAGCUUGAUAAAGUCGCCUCUGAUGGGUUACCAGCCUUGCAAGAAGCAGUCGUUGAUGACUACCGUCUUUGCUGUGCCUUAUCCAAGUUGCAUCACUUUUCUAUCGAGCACAGUUGUUCAACCACCAAGCCUCAACCAGAUUUGAUUCUGUGCGAUAGCCUUAUGCCAAAUAACAUACUACGAGCGGUGUUGUGGGUAUUGGGAAUAAGUGCCCUCAUUGGUAAUUUGGCUGUCCUGUUUUGGAGGCUUAGGCAGAAAGGGGUCGGAGGGGGUAAAAAGACGCUAUCACUUAUGGUUGGAAAUCUGGCGCUCGCAGACGUCAUGAUGGGUGUGUACAUGCUAAUCAUAGCUGUUGCAGAUCUUACAUUUGGCGAGGACUACUUUCUUGUGGCCCCUGAGUGGCGCUCCAGCAUAAUGUGUAAACUUGCUGGAGUUCUGUCGGUUUUGUCCAGCGAGGCUUCGGUGUUUUUUGUGACACUCAUCAGCGUGGACUGUUUCCUAGGCAUUGUGUUUCCGUUGAAAAACUUCUCUCUCGGGAAAAAAUCAACAACAGUCAUCAUUGUUGUCCUAUGGUUUCUGGCACUUUGUCUGAGUAUCGUGCCAACACUUUCAUUUGGGUCUGAUUCUGAUGUUUAUGGACUUUCUGAUGUUUGUAUCGGCCUUCCUCUUACAACUAAGGCAUCUGAUGUGACCACGUCAUUUAAUCGUCGCCUUGGUAUCAGGUCUGGUGACUGGCUUAUUUCCCACGGCACAGGUAAGAAAGCAUCUUGGAUCCUGGCAAUCGUUCUCUUCCUUGGCGUCAAUCUGGUUUCAUUUCUUCUUGUCCUGUGUUGCUACGUCGCCAUCUUCAUCAGUGUCAGGCGGACGGCCAGUGCCGUCCGAGUGAAUGCCCACAGGCAGCGUGAAGUCAAAAUGGCGGUCAAGAUGGCGCUGAUCGUGAUGACGGAUUUCUGCUGUUGGAUGCCAAUAAUCAUCAUGGGGAUUCUGUCUCAGACGGGAACAGUCACACUAUCCACCGAGGUGUAUGCAUGGGUUGUGGUUCUGGUUCUUCCAAUCAACUCGUCCCUCAAUCCUUUCCUUUACACUUUCUUCACAGUUUGUUGCGCGACUAAACCGAAGGCCAAACCACAGAAAAGGAAUCAAACAAACCAAAAUUAGAACAAAGUGCAACAAACACAAAGGCUGAGGCGGGUAGUCUAUUUGCCCCCAGCAAUAGGUAGCACAUGCCUGCUUCGCCCCCUCCUUGACAGAUAUACUCCUCCCCCUUGAGCCAACACUGGAUCCGUACCUGCAAACGUACACAAUGCAGUGGUUCGGCUCACAACAUAAUAAUACAGAUGUUUGUUUAAAUUUCAAAG